AGAGAAAACUGCUUUUCUUCUUCGUUCUCUUUUCAUUGACAAGUUUUUUUUUGUCUCUCUGCCCCCCACACUUUACCUCGGUAAACUUUCGACAUCAUGUCCUCCGGCAAGACAGGGAACAAGUGGGUCAGCACGCGCGUGCUGCAGCAGAAGCAGCAGCAGACCCCCGCUGCUGCCCCGACAUCGGGCAACGCGGUGGCAGGCAGCAAGAUCAUGGAGGACAAGGCUAUCGCCGCUGCCCGUAUCAAGGACAGCCAGAGCAGUCCUUCCCCUGAGACGGAGGUGCCGGAGUCGAAGUUCUUUGAAGUGCAGGAGGCGACCGACGCACUGAGCAACCUGGCGCACAACGCUGAUCCCAAGGUGUACGAGCUGUGCGGCGAACCGGUGGUGCAGCCGCACCAGACAGCGGAGGAAUACCACGCUUUAAUUAUGGAACAGGUGCAGCAGCAGACUCGAUAA